GAAAUUUCAGUAGCGACGGCUAUGUUUGUAUGACUUUAUUGUAGGUCACCAGAAAUUGUGUUUCGGAACUCAGAAGCAGUCUACUAACUAUGAAAUCCAGAACAUACAGGUCGAGAGCACAGGCGGGCUGAGGACUUCAAAGUGAAAAGAACGUAGUUUUUGGUUUCAGUCGAUACAUGGUAUAUUGUUUGUUUUUUAUGGGUUACUGGAGCGGGCGACCGCAGGAAUGAAAACACCUUUGUGACAGCGGUUCAACAAACAUGUAGGCUAGUAGAUGCGUGUUUGAGUGUGUUCUUUUUCUUAUGUUGUUUAAAUAUCUGCAAAAGGGAUGCUAAAAGUGUUUAACAGCUCAUUUUGGGUAUUCACCACACAUUUUCAUUUGCUUAGAUUGCUUGUUUGUAGGAUAUAGUCUUGCAGUCUUAUACACCACAUUACGAGAACUUUUAAUAUUGUUUUUUGGGCCCUUCCACAUGUCUUCAGGAAUAAACUUGAAACGUGCUGCACGAAAUCGAAUAUAUUAGCCUACAAAACUGCCGACACGCCCCAUAAUUGUUUCACAACCUUUUAUUUAACCCUAAUGUUUCGACGUGCUAUCCCUUAUAAUAAUCAUGUCUGUGCUUUUGCAGUCACAUUUAGAAACCUAUGUUAGUGUCAGUCUGACUUGAGCCCACCCUGAAAUGCCAAAAAGUCUUUUUUUUCCCCCACGAAGUAUCGUAGGAUGCUUGGAAAGGGUAGGCUACAGCUUUGCUUGAAUCCAGUUCAUUCUCUUUUUGGAAUGAUAAUGAUAAUUUCCCUGCAUAUUUCCAAAAAUGUAGUUCAGUGUUAAAUAUUUAAAGUGUGACUAUGGUAUUCCAGGCGUGGGAUUUAUUUUGUUAAGUGUGAAAAUCUUUUCGACGUGUGUUUUUGCAGUUUUUAUCAUUGUAAAGGAAUGUAUGUAAUAGCUUCAGAGCAGUAAUCGGAAAUACACUCCUUUCUGCCCCCUCCGCCACCACCAAACCUCUAGAGGUUCAGAACUAACGGGAUUGUUUAUUUAAGAACUAAUGAACGGCUGGCCAGAUUCAGUUCUUUGUACUGCUGCACGAGAAAAAAGAAUCGCGGUGUAAACCAGCACAAGAACAAUAAAUGCUGACACUAUUAAUGUUUUUCUUUUUCACCCUGUGAAAGCUAACGCUGUUUGGAAACUAAAAUGACAUCAUGGAUAAUAUUACAUCCCAGCAAGGCUUUCCUUUUUUCCUCUGUUAACCAAAUAACUUUUUCACUCCAGUCAAGGCUAUCAGUUGGCUGCCGUUUCUUUCCCGACAUUGAUUCCCUGUUGUGAGUUAUAGUGGUUUUAUCACUGGCUGAACACUUUUGCAAUAGCUUUCUAGAGAAACAAGAAAGGGACAUCCCAACGCACACACACACACACACACACACCAACUUCUACAACAAAACAAAACAUGAAUUUAACCUAAGUUCACUUUAAACCACAUCUUGCAGCUUGCAGUUGUGUAGCGAUGGACUUCGCAUCCUCAAUUUUGAUUUGUCUGGUUUUCUUAUGGCUCCUGAAUUUGGGCCGCUUCAGUUACGAUGCUUCAAUGCUUCAGUGUUCACUUGACCAGAUUCAGCCUGACUGGAUCAUUCUUUCAAACAAAUUCAGUUCUCUGAUUUGCAGUGUAUCAGAGACAUUGUGUACAGCUUGAAGUCAUCAGGUCGAUGCCAGAGAUGAUUUUCGAUCACCAGCCCUGUGACCUGGGAAUUUCUCCUCCCAGAUCUGAUCAUGUGUAUGUAUUUUGUGUGACUGUGCCCUGCAAAUGUCCUCAAAAUUUAUAGGGCCUCCUGGGCCAUGCCCUGCCCUCAGGAACAGGAUGUUAUGUGGAUGACAAGCUACAGCUCAACAUCAAGAUCAACAUUCCUGAUUCAAUUUUGGCACAAUGCUGCUCAAGAUGACAUUCAUGGGAUAUGCUGCUAUGCAAUGGUACUUAAGCUGCAUCCUAAUCGAAGGUUCUCAGCAUAAUUUAUCCACAGGCAUAAACUCAUCUAAGCCUGAAACUACCAGCCACAGUGCUGCAUCAUCGAACAAGAGAAUAAAGCGUCACAUAUUUGCAAAACAACAUAUACAAAAUGACCAUUAGGCCAGUUUUCUUCACUUAGAUGUUUUAUAAGAAACUUAUGCGCAAGGAGUGUGCAAAAUUGACAAACUAAUAUGGUAUAUUAAUGGGAUUGACUAGUGGUUGUCAUAUAUUUUGCUUGCAUGACAGACACUUAAGGGCAGGGUGCCUGAAGUCACAUCUUUCAGGACCUAUGUUGUUGUCUUUCCCUUCCUCCAGUUGGUUUGCAGAAUAUCCUUCUCCUCAUAUGGAUGGACUGAAUGAAGUGUAUUUUGUCCUUUGAGAAUUUCCAUUGGCUUAUUUAGGUCUGCCUGUCCAUGGUUCUUGAGUCACUUUAUCGAUAGUAUCUUAGUUAAGGCUGCUGUUGUAUAUAAAACUAAUUAUGCUUUAUUCCUCAACUUGAAGUUACAAAUGUGUGCACAUAUGAGCCUAUUGCGUCUUAUACCUUAUUAAAAAUAAUGCAAAUGGACUGAGUAUUAUAUUAGCAAAAAUAGCAUACAUUUUCUGGAAUGAAGUCAUGAAAUGGAGACCAACUGUAUUCUGUCAUUUGAAUUAGACUUUGUGCCUCAUUUCCUUCAGCCACAUACCAGUUAUGUUACUCAGCAACUUGCUUUUCAUGUGCAGUGUGUUGCUCUCUGACAUCAACAGUUCUGUUGUUUUUCUGACCACGUUAAAUGAAUCACAGUUCCUCAGAACAAAUCAUGCUUUUGGGAUCCUUUUACAGGUUAUUCACUGAGGGGUAAUGAAUAUGAUUUGGGGAUUCCCCUCAUAGACUAAUGCGACUUAAGUCUUACUCCAGCUGCUGUUUCACCUCUGCUGUCCUGACCGCAUCCGUCUGCAUACCACUUAGUUCCAGCAGUUCAUUUCUGUCAGGCUUGUCUUCCCCCCUGAGUGGGAAGAUAUAGGAUAUGGCAGAAAGUGGCAAAACCUUUUACUAUUUGAAGUAAUGGCUGUAGUUGGAGAAUGCCUCUUUUGGCCAGUGUUUCUGAAAACUGAGUGGGCUUCAUAAACAUUUUCAAAAUGUGAAAAAUGCCCCCAGCUUCAAACAUCAGUUUUUCUAAUGAGGAAAAUUUAAAAAUCCUCCUCUUAAACCCCCCUCCCCCCCUUAAAAAAAAAAGUGAUUACUGUAUAGUGCUUUGUGUGGAGGACUGGCUUUGCAUAGCCAUCAAUGGGCUCCUUGUGGUUUGUUUUGAAACCAUCGGUGACCCUGUUGGGAGCUCAGGAAAGCCAGGUCAGAUUUCUCAGUGUUAUGAAAUGUGAAUGGGAGCGGUUGCCAGGUGCUUUGCUCGCCCUCCUCAGAUGGCCUUGAUGUGUCAUUUUCAUAAUUACAAGGCAGCCGUAAUUUAUCGUGGUCCUGAUUGCAUGGUGUGACCUGUGAGGACCAGUCACACUGUUCGUCAAAUAUCACUGUUUGGGCAAGCAGGCCAAAGAAGCUCACGUGUUUUGAAGGGGAUGAUUUUCUGUAGUUGGGGAUUUCAGUCUCCCUGUUUUCUGGAAUUUUAGUAGUUAAGCCAUGCUUUUUUCUUUUCUUCAGUCAUCAUAUGAGUUCACUGUCUCAUCAGUUCAUAAUAUAACACAUUUUACUGUAAUUCCAUUCUCUGGCCUGGACACUGUUACUUUCAAAUUACCAUGUGACCACAACUGUGGGUCUGGGAUGUAUUAUAUUUCUUUUGAUAGAGCAGACUGUGAUGCAAUUCUCCGAAGACUUGUUUUUAAAUUGGUAGAAGCUGUGGUUUUAAUUUGGCCCACUUUUUGUUGUGUGAAUCUGAAUCGUCCCUCAGGAUCCAGUGAGAUUGCUCUUAUUUGGUGAAAUUGCAAUGCAAGCACCCACACUGGAUUAAACCCUGUCAUCCUUUCUUAUUUCAGAAAUGACCUCAGUCAUCUAAGGAUUAACCUCUUUUUGGGAUAUGACGACAUGUAAACCGUUCAUCAUGUGAUAAGUCGACUGUAACACUGAUAAAAUAUUUUACUCUGAGUUGAAAAUUGGAAGACAUUCAGACGAGCCAAAUAUCUUCCUCCUGACGUAGAAAACAGAGGAGGAAACGCUAAAGAGGGAAAUGAGGUGAAUGGAGUUUAUACCCCCUAAGGAUGAAAUCUUGGGCAGAGUAAGAAGAAACCCUGGUGAUCCUCUGAAACGUCUGCAGCUACUAAAAGUGCUACUGUUUGAGCACGGCGCAUGAUACACACGGCUGUGUCAGAGAAGAAGGUAUUCCCAGCCCAUAAAAAGGCCAGCUAGUUCAGAUAACUGGUCUUUGAUAUCCAUACUUAAAAGCCUCUUCUUUUUUUUUUUUUGUAACUCUUGGUCGUUCUUGACAAGUCGGUAUAAAAUUGCCAUAGAGGCAAUUGUGGUUGUAAACUUCUUUUCUUCUUUUCCUUAGCCAAACACUGAUGUCUGGUUUGCUGGAAUGUUCCUGCUCUGUUUGUUUUCAGCACUGCUCUGCCAAAGCAGUCUUGUCUGAAGGUCAGCGAGAAGCUCACUUAGGAAGUAAUCCUGAAGUGUGGAGUCGGAAGAUGUAUGUGAACAGCCACUAAGCCCCCCAAAGACCUGGAAUUAAUGGCCUAUUGAGAGGCUGCUGAUCGGGAAGUAUAUUAUUUGCAUGUGCCGUAUCUCUGUUCUUUGUUUUUUUAGAAUCACAGCUCUGGCUGAGUCACAGUCAUGAACACUUCCCCCUCAGAUAAAAAAGAACUGUGCUCACUGUAGCCUGUUUCCUUGACUGGCCUCCCAGGUAUAAAGUUCUGAUGCAGUUUUCAAUGGACCACUGCAGAUCAUAGCAGCAGAUCAUGGAAGCUUACUAUGAGGUAAACAAGUGAGUUGUAAGAGGGUGAUGGGAGGUUGCUUAGGCAUGUUAUAAAGAGAUACAUUUCUACAGAUGAGAGACCGGGGUGAUGAGGGAGGAGCCAGUGGUAUGUGAUGGAGGGGAGAGAGGAAGGUAAAGAAGAGAAAGCACCAGAAUGCCAGUCCCUCAUGCUGCAAGCAGUCUGUCCAUCCAUCCGUGCCUUCUGUGGGAAUGCAACGACUGUUAUUUCCCCCCCAUGUGCUGGGGAAGGAACAUGAAUUAUGAAACAAAAACAACAAUCGCGCUCUUCAGUGAAACGGGUCUGAGGGCUUCAUUCAGCACAGCGUUUCUGUAUGGGCAUUUCAGGCUAUUGGGCGUUCUUUUCAUAGAGAAAUUUUAAAGGCCAUUGAGGACAGCAUAACAAGCGACUCGUUUUUUACAGUACAAUGUUGUGCCGUACUGAGCAGAAAGCCCUCCCCUUUGUAAACCAAGUAAUACACACAGAUACUAAGGCUGCCGUACAAAGGCUUUUUGAUGUGCUCUCCCACAUUCUCCCGCAAUCUCUGUUUACCACAGUAGCUAAAGUGGGGCUGUGCUUUCAGUGCAUCUAUGUAGGCUGAAGAGGUUUAACCAGAAGGGGACCUCUACUCCCCCUCUCCACGUAAGAAUGUAGUCAUUGCACAUUACUGUAAUGCUUAUUGUUUUCCUGUGGUUUUGCCAUACACUCUGUAAGCCAACGCACUCACUCACACACACAUGCACACGUGCAAGCAUACAUUCAUUUUCUGAAGGCUCAUUGUUUUGGUUGGAUGAAUGUUGACAGCGUUUAGAGACUUAUUUGUGAUUGAGUGCGUGUGCGUAAGUUCCCCAAAUGAAUCCCUUUAAGUGUGAAUCUGGGCUAACUUAACUUGUUAAGGAACCAUUCACUUACAAAAAAGCAUGUUAAAUUAACAGUGAAUUUUUCCAGAAUGUCUGUGGUGUGGCAGAGCACAUCUGUAUAUUUUUCAGAGAACUGCAGUACUGGUGCGCGGCGUCCUUUACAGCCAUAAUCCUGUCUGUCUUCACCAUGUCAUUGGAAAUGCGACGCGAGAUCAAGAAAUGUUCUCUGCACUUUCGGUUUGGCAAGGCGCGGUAAUUGUGUCAGGAGAAAAAAAAUAAACCUGCUUUGGUCACUGAUCUUAACUGCCUCCUCACCGCAGAUCAUCUCUCUCCAGUGCUGAACCGGCUCGUCUCGGACCUGCAGUCCUUUCUGUUGGUCCUGGACAAUGAAAACCUCAGCUACAUCGCUCAGGCUCAGAAGAAGUCCAUUUCGGAUUUACUCACCAAGCUGCAGGAUGCCCCUGUGGAAGAUGCCGAAUACAUGAUCAUGAACUGUCCAUCUGGAGCAGCUAACAGCGAUCUCAGGGAAAACCAGUCAUCAGACACAGGUGGCCUCCCGGCCAAGGCUGACCUCAAUCACGUCCAAGAGCCGCCGUCCUCCGCCUCGGCUGAGUGGCUGCUAAAGGGGAGCCUGGGUCCCAUGGUACCCCCUGACCCCUCAGAAGAUGAGGAUUGCUAUGAAGAGGCAGAACCCUUUCUUCCAGGCAGCCAGCCCACAGACACAGUGGACUCAGACAGCAGUCACUACGAGUCAUACGGUGAGGAGGAUGACUUUGUGAAGGAUCGGGCUCACUACAUCCAGUGGACCGCCUCCCAGCCCUGUCUACGCCCCCUCCCGGAGUCACGUAUCUGUGGCUACCUCUGGAGGAAGAAGUGGCUGGGCCAGUGGACCAAGCAGCUCUUCAUCAUCCGCAACCAUCUCCUCCUGUGCUACAAGUGCGCUAAGGACCUGCACCCGCUGCUUGAGGUGAGCCUGAAGGGCUGCCAUGUGGUCUACAAGUCAAAGCACAGCAAGAAGAUGCAGCACGAACUGAAGGUGGUUGCCAGUUCUGACACGGUGGUCAUGGGGUUUCAGAACUGCCAGCAGGCCGAGGAGUGGCGUAAGAUAAUUGAAGAGGUAAGCGGCUCCUCCUACUAUGAGAAGGAAUCCCACAGCUCCUCAUCGUUACUCAAGUGUGACAGGCAGGACUCUUGCAGGUCAAGUACUGUCCUUCAUUCAGACUCGGAUGAAGACAAGCUGUCUGGUCUGCCUUCUGCCCUUAGCAGUGUAGAAAUUAAGGAUAAGGAUAAGGGUCUCCUGAACGUGCUGAUGAACUGCCAGUGGCAGAGCCUGUGGUGCCAGGUGGAGGACGGGGUGCUGAAGAUGUUCCGGGACGAGGUGUGUGAGGAGAGCCCCCAGUACAGCGUGCAGCUGCGGGGCUGCGAGGUGCGGCCCGGACCCAACACGGCCCAGGCCUACCGCAUCACUGUCACGCAACACGGCGACCAGGUGGCGGUGCUGGAGGCCAGUUGUGCAGAUGAGAAAGAGCGCUGGGUCCAGCUCCUGCAGGACGGGAGCGCGAGUCAAGCUGAUCCUCUGUACGAGCGGCUGGACACCACACUGGACACCCGGACUGAGGGAGGGCUCAGUGGUCUUAUGGCACGCAGGUUCCCAACCUCCAACAUGUACAUAGAUGACCCCUUCCACCAGCUGUGUGGAGCAAGCCAUUCCCAGCCCAUCUACUCCAACUCUUCCAUUAUGGAUGACAUGUUCCAGAAGUCUCAAAAUGCUUCCAAGGACGAUUCCGUGAUUUCCAAAGAAGUCUACUGCAACAACGAAGUUUUUGGCAACCACAGCAGGAAAACGACGGGCGACUCUGAGCGCGGGGUUGAGAAGCUGGACCUCGCCGGAAAGAGGAGGGUGCAGCUGAGGGCUGGGUCCGAGAUGAACCUGGUGACAGCAGGGAAGCCGGCCAAGCGCACCUCCUUCAGGCAGUCUCUGGCAUUCUGCGCAGAGAGGGCACAGGGAGGGUUCCUGACUCCCUUGCUGAGAAGGACAGCCUCGGCAAAAAACUCCCUAAAACGAGCUCCAUCUGCCCUCUUCAUUGAGAAAGGCAAGGUCUUGCAGAAGAGAAAGGAAUGGGAGACGAAGGCCUCUGCUUAAGACUGGUCAGCCAGUAAUCCCACACCUUGUACACAUUCCCUUCUUGUAUAAGUAUAUAUUGCACUGAAUAUAUUAUUACUGUGCAUGUGGAUCAUGCACUUGUUUUUUUUUUUUUUUGUUCCUUUUUGAUACUUUUGUAUUAAUUAAAAACACCUGAAUAUGUUUUGGACUUUUCCUCUUCUGUUCAUUCUUUGUCAUUUAAAAAUGGUAUCCUUCCUGAUGGGAAGUGAUCUCCCUUACGAAUGAUGCACUCCCUUUCUCCAUUAAAACUACUAAUGUUCUCAAUGCUGUUUUUCUUUAAUUACAAUGUUAAUAUAAUUUGGAGUGCUGUGAAAACUAAACACAGAAAUUACAAAUUGAGGCUUAGAUAAGUCUUUCUGGUGCAGUUAUUUUCUUGUUUUUUCAAAGCAAUGUUUUCUGUAGUCAGUUGCCAGUUGCAUACAUCAGCCUCUUCGUUUUUAGGCCAGUUCAUGGCUUUCAUGCACUGUUACGUUCACUAAGUGGCACCUGCAGCAAUCCACUGUACUUAAAUGUAAAAUGUAUGAAUGGAUAGAAUGUGAUUAUCAGGUGCAAAUUAAUAUUUGAUAUGCGAAUCGCCUUUAUUUGGCCCCCUGAAAUAAAGUUUCUAUCAUCCAAAGAUACCUGUUCUCCACUUAAGAAAGGGCUGCUUCCAUAAACGUGUCAUUCAAAUUGUUUAUUAAUAUUCAGGUUUCCCUUGAGACUACCCUGUGGUAUGCUGGUGUAAUGUCAUCAUCAGUUUUCAUUUGUGAAGAUGCAUUGAUGAGUGUGGUUGAUCUGACAGGCCCAUCACCCGCACUAGACAUAUCCGGCUCUGUCAAGAGGAAUAAUGACAAUGUGUGUAUUUCUUCAAUAAACAAAUGCUGGAUGAAGUCA